AAACUUUUGAGGCCCAUAGCAAUAAUCUAAAGCUUGUCUUCUGGAUUCACAGAAACCCAGAACAAGGAAGACCUUCUUCCCUUGGCACCAGAGCUUUAGGCUGUAAGAGUAAACCCCAAACCCAAAGCUCACUCUCAGGUUUGGUGAGGUUGAUUAUAUCAGCAAAAUUUGGAUGGAGUGCGUGGUUCAGGGAAUCAUAGAAACACAGCAUGUUGAAGCCCUUGAGAUUCUUCUUCAGGGUCUUCGUGGUGUUCGCAGAGAACCUUUGAAGGUCCAUGAGAUAUGCCUUAAAAGUGGCCCAAACUUAGGAGCUGUACCUUCUGAGGUUCGACUUAUUUGCAAUCUUGAACAAACUGAACCUACAUGGACUGUGAGGUUCGUGGGGGGUGCGAUGAGAGGUGCAGGUAAAGAGCAACUCUCAGUUUUAGUAAGAACUGUGAUCGAAAGCAAAGCAAGCAAGAAUGUGCUUCGCUUAUUUUAUGCACUUGGCUACAAGUUGGAUCAUGAGUUACUGAGGGUCGGGUUUGCGUUCCAUUUCCAGAGAGGCACGCAGAUGACUGUGACUGUGUCAUCAGUUAAUAAGAUGCCACAACUACACAAUACAGAUGAAGCUGUCCCUGUAACUCCCGGGAUACAGUUGGUUGAAGUUACAGCCCCUGCAUCAUCUGAAACUUAUACUGAAGUUGCGUCGGCAGUGUCAUCAUUUUGCGAAUAUCUUGCACCGCUCCUGCAUUUGUCAAAACCGGGAAUUUCAACUGGGGUUAUUCCUACUGCCGCUGCCGCUGCUGCAUCUCUCAUGUCUGAUGGUGGGGGUACUACCUUAUAGCAGAAGUUGUAAAUUUCCUUCAAAUUUUGUAUUUACUGUUACAGUGAUGACUUGCUGGUUUAACAAUAGUUGGUAAUCAUAACUGCUUGUCAAACUUCAUAACAAUAUAUUACAGUAGUUUCUCAUUGCUAAAACCUGCAAAGUCAAUAAUCAUAACUAUGUUUUUUAUAUGUUU